CAAAAUAAAUAAGAAAAACCAGAAAAUUUCAAUUAUAAAUAGACCCGGCUAAGUCGAAAACAUUUCAGUGUCAGUUAUAUCUCUUCUCUCUCUCUCAAUUUCUCUAAAGCAUCGUUUGCCUCUACAUCAACGGUAAAGAAGGAAUGGCACGCAAGAAGAUCCGAGAGUAUGAUUCCAAGAGGUUGUUGAAGGAGCACUUCAAGAGGCUCUGCGGUACCGAAUUGGGUAUUAAAUCGGCACAAAUUACAGAAUCAACUGAUGUCAAUGAGCUAGUAGAAAAGGAACCAUGGCUUUCAUCAGGGAAACUUGUUGUGAAACCCGAUAUGUUGUUUGGAAAGCGUGGGAAGAGUGGUCUAGUUGCAUUAAAUCUGGAUUUGGCUCAAGUUGAUACUUUUGUGAAAGAGCGACUUGGGAAAGAGGUAGAGAUGGGGGGAUGCAAAGGACCUAUAACAACAUUCAUUGUCGAACCCUUUAUCCCACACAAUGAAGAAUUUUACCUUAACAUUGUUUCAGAUCGACUUGGAUGUAGCAUAAGCUUUUCUGAAUGUGGAGGAAUCGAUAUCGAAGAGAACUGGGACAAGGUUAAAACUAUAUUUGUCCCAACAGGGGUAUCGUUUACAUCAGAGACAUGCGCUCCACUUGUUGCAACUCUUCCCUUGGAGAUCAAAGGUGUACUUGAGGACUUCAUUACAGUGAUCUUUACUCUAUUUUUAGAUCUGGACUUCACUUUCCUUGAGAUGAAUCCUUUCACAUUGGUCGAGGGAAAGCCUUAUCCUUUGGAUAUGAGAGGAGAACUUGAUGACACUGCUGCUUUCAAGAACUUCAAGAAGUGGGGCAAUAUUGAAUUUCCAAUGCCAUUCGGAAGAGUUAUGAGUCCUACUGAAAGCUUUAUACAUGGUCUAGAUGAAAAGACAAGUGCUUCUUUGAAGUUCACAGUUCUGAACCCCAAGGGCCGAAUUUGGACUAUGGUGGCUGGAGGAGGUGCUAGUGUCAUCUAUGCAGAUACGGUUGGAGAUCUUGGCUAUGCUUCUGAGCUUGGGAACUAUGCUGAAUACAGUGGAGCUCCCAAUGAAGAGGAGGUGUUGCAGUAUGCCAGAGUUGUAAUUGAUUGUGCAACUGCUGAGCCUGAUGGCCAUACUAGAGCCCUUGUAAUCGGUGGUGGAAUCGCCAACUUCACUGAUGUUGCCGCUACAUUUAACGGCAUAAUUAGAGCCUUGAAGGAGAAGGAAUCAAAGCUUAAGGCCGCAAGAAUGCACAUUUAUGUAAGAAGAGGAGGUCCAAAUUACCAAAGGGGUCUAGCGAAAAUGAGGACACUUGGGGAGGAAAUCGGCAUCCCUAUUGAGGUUUAUGGACCCGAGGCGACAAUGACUGGUAUAUGCAAACAGGCAAUUGAGUGCAUCACUGCAGCUGCAUAAGUCUGUCAACUCUUGUUGUAAUUCUCCCUUCAUAGCUAGUUUGUGUUCAAAUUUAAGUUUUACUUGUGAUAUUGUACCCGAAAAUGUGUCGGUGAGUACAAUUGUAUCUGUGACUUUAAUAUAAUUGUGACCAAUAAUAAUGUUCCCUAUAAAUUAAAUAGUUUGUGUUCAAUUUUA